CAUCCUUAAUUUGUAACUGGGCAGUGUCCUGGGCCAGCCAAUAGCCAGGACGGACCCCACCACACACCCUACCUCCCUGACCCUGUGGGACUGUUCACGCAGUCUGCACUGAAGCCGUCCAGCGACCAGGAGUUUGGAGCAGGUCCGGGCUGACGCCGCCGCCCAGAUGGCCUCCAGGCUGACCCCGCUGACCUUCCUGCUGCUGCUGCUGCUGCUGGCUGGGGUUAGAGCCUCUUCAGAUGUGAAUGUUACCAGCCCCAACUCGACGGCAGAGAGCUGGCAAGAGGAAAGCGAAGGACAGAUCUGGGAGGGAGAGCUCACCGAGAAUCGAUCCGUUGAACACACCGUGGACUCUUCCACCUUGUUGACAGUCCCCUCAACCGUCAUAACACCCAGUACCACUCUUGAACCCACUACUGAGCCCUUCAUCCAGUCCACCGUUGAACACAUCCAGCCCAUCACUGAGCCCCUCUGCCCAGAGCCUGUCACUUUCUGCUCUGACGUGGAGAGUCCCUGGGCAGAGUCCCAGCUGAGGGAGGCUUUGAUAGACUUCUCUGUGAAGCUCUACCAUGCUUUCUCAGCAACGAAGAAGGCAGAGACCAACAUGGCCUUUUCUCCAUUCAGCAUUGCCAGCCUCCUAACCCAGGUCCUGCUUGGGGCUGGGAACAGCACCAAGAGAAACCUGGAGAGCCUCCUGUCCUACCCUGAGGACUUCACCUGUGUCCACCAGGCCCUGAAGACUUUCACCUCCAAAGGCUUCACCACAGUCUCUCAGAUCUUCCACAGCCCAGGUGAGCACCCUGGGAAAGGGCUGCAGCUGCUGAGAAGGAUUUUGAGAGGAGAAAAUGAAACUCAGUUUCUUGAACCACAGGUUAGAGCCUCUUCAGAUGUGAAUGUUACCAGCCCCAACUCGACGGCAGAGAGCUGGCAAGAGGAAAGCGAAGGACAGAUCUGGGAGGGAGAGCUCACCGAGAAUCGAUCCGUUGAACACACCGUGGACUCUUCCACCUUGUUGACAGUCCCCUCAACCGUCAUAACACCCAGUACCACUCUUGAACCCACUACUGAGCCCUUCAUCCAGUCCACCGUUGAACACAUCCAGCCCAUCACUGAGCCCCUCUGCCCAGAGCCUGUCACUUUCUGCUCUGACGUGGAGAGUCCCUGGGCAGAGUCCCAGCUGAGGGAGGCUUUGAUAGACUUCUCUGUGAAGCUCUACCAUGCUUUCUCAGCAACGAAGAAGGCAGAGACCAACAUGGCCUUUUCUCCAUUCAGCAUUGCCAGCCUCCUAACCCAGGUCCUGCUUGGGGCUGGGAACAGCACCAAGAGAAACCUGGAGAGCCUCCUGUCCUACCCUGAGGACUUCACCUGUGUCCACCAGGCCCUGAAGACUUUCACCUCCAAAGGCUUCACCACAGUCUCUCAGAUCUUCCACAGCCCAGACCUGGUCAUAAGGGACGGCUUUGUGAAUGCCUCUCAGAGCCUGUAUGGCAGCAGCCCCAGGGUCCUGGGAAAUGACAGUGAUGUCAACACGGAGCUCAUCAACGCCUGGGUGGCAGAGAAGACCAGCAACAAGAUCACGCACCUGCUGGAAAGUCUGCCCUCUGACACCCGCCUUGUCCUCCUCAACGCUGUCUACCUGAGUGCCAAGUGGAAGACAGUAUUUGAUCCAAAAAGAACCUCGAUGGAGCCCUUUUACCUCAAAUCCUCUGUGAUCAAAGCGAUGAUGAUGAACAGCAAGAAAUACCCCGUGGCCCAUUUCACUGACCCGACCUUGAAGGCCAAGGUGGGGCAGCUGCAGCUCUCCCACAACCUGAGCUUGGUGAUCCUGGUGCCCCAGAGCACGAAACACCAUCUCGAGGACCUGGAGAAGUCUCUCAACCCCACUGUCUUCAAGGCCAUCAUGAAGAAGCUGGAGAUGAGCAAGUUCCAGCCCACCCUCCUGACGCUGCCCCGCAUCAAUGUGAAGAGCACCCAGGACAUGCUGAUCGUCAUGGAGAAACUGAAAUUCUUUGACUUUCUUUACGACAUCAACCUGUGCGGGCUGACGGAGGACAUGGAUCUUCAGGUUUCUGCGAUGCAACACCAGGCCACACUCGAGCUGACGGAGUCCGGCGUGGAGGCGGCGGCGGCCUCGGCCGUUUCCGUGGCCCGCAAUUUGCUGGUCUUCGAAGUGCAGCAGCCCUUCCUCUUCCUGCUCUGGGACCAGCGGCACAGGUUCCCUGUCUUCAUGGGGCGGGUGUAUGACCCCCGGGUCUGAGACCCACAGGGCACCAGGCUGAGGCAAGCCGUCCCCCUCAAGCCUCGCUCUUCCAGUGGCAGCCUUGCCUGGACUUGCCCCCCAGCCACCUCCCGCCCCGGGUGUCCCCUGCUCUCCACGUGAAGGGCUCCCUCGGGGUCUGGUGAAGGGACCUGCUUCUAUCAUCCCUUCUCUGUGGCUCCCCAAAGCACUUUUUACAGCUUCCUCUGGUUCAAGUUCACCAGACUCUACAAAUAAAACCCAGCAGACCAUGA